AUUAAACGUACAUUUUUAAAAACAUUCUCUUUGUUGAUUUUCUUAAUCAUUAUUAGGUCAGUGACAUAGGGGAGCACCUGGUGUCGCUAAGGUACCCGAGCCUCCAAUCACUUCGCACGCACUUCAGCGACCAAAGCUUCGGGAAACCAGACGGGAAGAAGAUUCCAGCACUGGACGAGAAGUACGUGAUGGGGAUGGACAUGGCCAUCAAAGCCCUUGUUAGGAGCAUCCCAACUGAGGAAUUUGCACAAAGGAGAAACUCUUGGAGCUUCUGGGUCUCCUCUCCCUCUAACGAAAACCCUCAAGAGUAUUAUGAGAAUCCACCUCGCAUUGAUGCUGCAAGGAGCCUCAUUUGUAAGCAGGGUUCUUGUUGGUCUCAGCUUAAGUUCACAGGGAUGGUGCAGUGGGGCACACGCCGACAAGUUCGGUUCUUGGGCCGUCACGAGGAGCAAAAGGUUGAAUCUUUACCAAAAAUGUGUGAGGGAAAAAGGGUCAGAGUUGAAGUCAGAGAAGAAGGGGGCAGUGAGAAGAAGAGGAAGAAAGGUGAAGAAGAGGAAAUGGAGGGUACAAAGGCAGGGUCUUUAGGGGUUAUGAUGAGGGUGACUCGUCAAUGUAAGAAAACUCAUAUUCAAAAUGUGAGUAGUAGCAGCAGCGGGGUUAAAAAAUUUAAGAAAGCAAAGAAUGACGAUUCCAAGAAUAAGAAGGAACUCGUGGUUUAUAAGGACAACAAGCGAAAAAUCACGAUUAACAGGUGGUCUGCUGAGAGGUUUAAUUUGGCAGAGGAGAACAUAUUGAAGGUAAUGAAAGAGAAAGAAGCUGUAUAUGGGAACCCGAUAUUGAGGCCAGACUUGAGAACAGAAGCAAGAAAGUAUAUUGGUGAUACGGGUCUUCUGGAUCAUUUGCUGAAGCACAUGGCUGGAAAAUUGGCACCAGGAGGUGCUGAGAGAUUCAGAAGGCGACACAAUGCUGAGGGUGCAAUGGAGUACUGGUUAGAAAGUGCUGAUCUUGUUGAUAUCAGAAAGAAAGCAGGGGUUCAAGACCCUUAUUGGACUCCUCCCCCUGGGUGGAAGCUUGGGGACAGCAUUUCACAGGAUUAUGUCACGCAGAGAGAACUCAGAGAGGUCAAGGAUGAAAUCCUCAAGCUGAAACAAGAGAUGAGGUAUUUGGCAUCAAAGAAGGGAGAGGAGGAGGCACUAGCCAUUGUGACUACUCCUAGCUUCUGGUUGUCUAGUUUGAAUUCGGAGGACUAUGGCUCCUUGGCUCCAAAGCAGGAAAUUUAUGCGGAGUUGGUGAGUAAGAAGGCUAAACUAGAGGAACAAUUAAAGGAAAUUUCACUGACUUUGAGUGGCAUGGAGGGGCAACUGAAAAUGCUGAAACCAACAACAGUAGAAGAACAAACAGUGUCAGAAUGGGAAACUCCACCAGCACUUUUGCCUGGGCCAAUAACAUCAGAGGCAGAAAACAUUGGGGGAGAGACAAGGAAGGAAAAGAAAAUCAACAACAACAAAGAAACAAAAUCAGCGGAGGAAACACAAAUGCAAGAGGACAAGGAGGCAAAGAUAAAAAGGCUGAAAAGUGGUUUCCAAAUUUGCAAGUCACAGGGUACCUUUGUGUGGCCAAACAUAGGCCUGUCUCCGCAAGUUGUGACCACCCAUGAUGAUGAUGAUCACACUGUGGUCCCAACCCCACCAUCAGCUUCCUCUUCUACAACUUCAGCUCGAAAACUCACCAUCUCCACACCCCAAACUCAACCCUUGCCUCUACAAAGUUUGACCCAUCCUUCUUCCCCUGUGAAGCCACUUGCUGAGAGGCGCCCUGUGAGCACAGCUACUUUGACCCAUGUUACUGGCCAAUUCUCACCAUCAGGGUCGACCCCAAGAUCCAAAAUCACCACCCCCACCAUCACUAUUAACCUCAAUGAGACACCCCUUACACUCACACCCUAGGGUAGUAGCUAGUGCUGACUACAUUAUAUAUAUUUUAUAGAAUUAAACCACACCAUUUUGAUGAGUCUAGUGUUGGUAAAAGAAGACACAGUUAAAGAUUAAACCAACUUCUCAAUAUUGACAGUAGAUUGGAAAUGGAAAGUUUUGUUAGGUUGAUGCUUACAUAUGAUCAAAGUUACAUAUAUUGCUAAUACGUGCAUUUAAAAAAUUGCUAGAUACUCAUUGAAGUUAUGACUCAAAAAUUGCCGGUGAU